CCCCCCCCCCCCACUCGUCGUACAAUGGAGGUCCCAAACCUCGCAGACAUCAUCCUCGCUCUCGACAUCCUACCCCCAGUCCCCAUCUACCUCAAACAAUGGGUACACGGCGAGUCCCCCAUCUCCACUUGGCCCGUCGUCACAGGCUGGCUCGUGGGUUACCUCGGUGUCAUCUUCGGCAUUCGCGAGAUCAUGAAGCCGUACAAGCCUCUCAAGCUGAACGGUCUCUUCCAGAUUCAUAACCUUUUCCUCGUCACCGUCUCUGCUCUCGUACUCGUACUUAUGUUGGAGGAGAUCCUUCCUCACUGGUACAAGCACGGCUUCUUCAGCGCGAUCUGCAAUACGACAGCAUGGACACCCCGUAUGGAGUUCUACUACAUCGUGAACUACUACAUCAAGUACGUCGAGCUGAUCGACACCGUCUUCCUGGUCCUUAAGAAGAAGCCCCUCGCGUUCCUCCACGUGUUCCACCAUGCCGCGACCGCGCUCCUCUGCUUCACCCAGCUCGAGGGCAGGACCUCCGUCUCCUGGGUCGUCAUCAGCAUCAACCUCGCCGUCCACGUGCUCAUGUACUACUACUACUAUGCCACUGCAGGCGGCGCCAAGAUCUGGUGGAAGAAGUACCUCACAACCUUCCAGAUCGUACAAUUCGUUAUCGAUCUAUUCGUUGUCUAUUUUGCCACAUAUUCCUACUUUGCCGCGACUCGCUGGGACGCGCCAUCCUUAGGAACCUGUGCAGGCACGGAGGGCGCGGCACUCUUCGGCUGUGGUCUUCUGACGAGCUACCUCUUCCUCUUCAUUUCGUUUUACAUUAACACGUACACCAAGAAGGGUGCCAAGAAGGCAAAGGGCCAGCACAAGACCCUCAGGGAACGGAUCAACGGCAGCGCGAACGGUCACGUCCUGGACGCACUCGCGAACGGCAAGGACCCAAGCGUGCUGGACAAAGUCAACUAAUUGCUUACAGCAAUCCACACGCGUCUCCCAUCCCCUCCCUCCCACAUUUCCUCUCGGCCUCAUGCCCUCUAAUGCAAAAUCUCCCAUCGUCCGACCCUCCCUCCAUUCAUCCACCCAUCUAUCCUCACGUCCCCUUCCCGCGAGCACUCCCUCGCCUGUUCCCAACGUCCACGUCAGCCCCGAGCCAGACACGCAUACCCAAUACCCCAGUCGUGCGCGACCCAAGCCCGCACCCGUCUUCUCACCCUAAAACCUCAGCUUAUGCUCCCCCAUCUC